UUUGGUCCCAGGCCAGUCAGCAGCAGGAGCCAUCAUCGUUUCCUCUUGUCCCUGAAAUGCUGUGGGGGCUCAAGGCCCUGCCUCUGCUGUAUUUGGGGUUCCUCUCUCCGGUUUUGGUGGAUAUCAAGAAGACAGCAGUGGAAGAUGCUGUAUGCAGUACGGUCUCUUGUGUGAUUGAAUUUUUCAAGGCAUCUUCUAGAAAUCCCGUGACUGCGAACUACAGGCUUAAUGAAAAUAUCAGCUUCCAUGUUGGAACCAGCCAGCCCAGGGCCCCCAUGGGUGACCUCUCCACGGAGGAGGUGGAAUACUGCAUCCUGCUGACCCACAGCGCGCUCAGAAGAGAAAACAUGGCCUACUCACUCUAUGUGGGUCCAGGAGAGAAGAAAGACACUGUCCUGAUGGAGGACGCUGGACUCUCCAUGUCAGACCUGACCCAAAAGUCAGAGCUUCCCAACCCAGAAAGCGGUUUGGCCGGAGGGCCUGUGACAUUGACCUGUGCCAUCCAAGACACCUGCCAGGAGCCCAAAGCCCCCUUUCUCUCCUGGAAAGGCCCCACUGUGUCUUCCAACACGAUCAUCUUCAUCAACUCCUCAUCAGAGCAGGCUGUUGCCCCACAGCCCAGGGACCAGGGCACCACUCUCAGAUGCCACGUAAACCUACCCCUAGACAACCUGCUCAGCAGCAAAGUGCUCAAGCUGCAGCUGGUCUCACCUGCCAGGCUGCUCAACUAUUCCUGUGUGCUGACGAGGACACUGGUGUGUAGCUGUUCCUUCUUUGGGAUCCCCACACCCUCGGUGCAGUGGUGGUUGGGAAGAACCCCUGUGAGUGUGAAUAGUGCUGAUACCAUCCUGCACAUGACCACCACCACACUGGAACCCUGGACCAACAGCACCAUUAAUCUCGUGUGGGAACCAGAAGUCAUUAAGCGUCUUCGAUGUGAGGGGAAGAACCAAUAUGGAGUCCAUGCUUCCAGAAUUUUCUUGAUACCAGACAAAAGUUCCAUUUCCAAUGUGUUCCUGCGAGGACUGGUCCAGGGCCUUGUGUAUGGGACCAUAGCAUCUAUUUUAUUCUUAUUCUUCCUCGUUGUCCUGGUAAUGAAGGUGCUUGACUGGUGGGAGGAAAAUCAUACUUGCAAGAACACAGAAGCCCCGGCCCUCAAGAAACCAGUUUCAGGAGAAGCCAAAAUGGCUGAAGUUUGAAGCUGCAUGCUGACUCGCCUUGUCUGGGGGUUUGGGAUCCAGGCCUUGUUCAUUCGGAUACCAGGAAAGCUCCAUGGCUGAGCCAUGGUCCAGCCCCUCCACUGGGGAUUCUAGGCAGGGGCUCUACCAUUGAGCCACGUCCCAGCUCCUUAAUGAGGGAUUUUAGGAGGGGCUCUGCCACUGAGCACACCCCAGCCCCUCACUGGGGGAUUGUAGAACUCCACCACACUCGUAUAUGUCCAGUCCUCUUUUACAUUGCUAUUUGUUUUUGUUUUUGAGACAGGGUCUCACUAAGUCACCCAGGGUGACCUUGAACUUUAAGAUCCUCCUACUUAAGCCUCCUAGUAGGUAGGAUGACAGUUGUUCCUGGCCAUUUCCACCCUAAUUUCUUGUCGUAAUCCAUAUUGGAGUCUAAGUCAUCCGUGUGAACUCACCUUAACUUGAUUACCUCAGUAAAGUCUUGUCUCCAAAUGUAAUUGUCGUCUAGGUGGUAAGGGCGUGGGUUUCAGCACAGAAGUUAGGAUAAAGUGACAGUGUGGUUCAGUUGGUGGAGUGCUUGCCUAGCGUGCAUAAAACUCUGGGUUUGAUCCCCAGCGCCAUACAAUUGGGGUGUUGUUUACAUCACAUUCAUGCCAGCACUGGGAAUUCAAGCUACAGAGUGAGUUGGAGGUCAGCUUGGGCUAUAUUUGCCCCUGUCUAAAUAAAUAAAUAAAUAAAUGACAAAAAGGUAAGUCAUUUUUAUGACAAAACACCUUUUACCUAUGGCCAAGGAUUAAAGAAGCCAGCAGGACUCUCAGAACAGGAGCUGGAAUUCUGACACCAAGGAAAGGCAGCCCAGGGCCACAGAGAGAGAAAGAAGAAAGUCCACAUGGGAACUGCAGAUGGGUCAUGGUGCGAGCCAGACUCCACCUCAGACUCCAGAGGCAGAGACCUACAGCCCAGCCCUCCCUGUGGCUGGGCACAGGAGCCCCUCCCCCUCUCCAGGCCUUCCCCUUUCUCUCUCCUUUCUCCUCUUCCUCUCCCCUCUUCUCCCAUUCCUCUUCUUUCCUCCCCUCCUUGGCCUUUUCUUCCCUUUCCCUUUCCCCCUCCUUCCCUUCCUCACCUUCCUCCUCUCACCUUCCCCCUUCUUUCCUUCCCUCUCCCCCUCUUCCCACAGUCAUCCUCUCCCCUACUUCUGCUCUUUUUUAUCUCCCUUCCUCUGCUAUCAUGUUCCUCUUCCUCCUCCUCUCCUCUCCUUCCUCUUCCUCCCUUCCUCCUCUUCUAACCUCCAGGUAGUCUCAUCCCAGGUGGGUGAUCUGGUCCUUGCCUGUGGCUCAAGGGCAGUUAUCAGGCAGAGAGGGAGGGCCUUGGCUCUCCUGCAAGUCAUUCAGGAAAGGGUUAAGCAGAAGAGUGGAAGUAUAAGAAUGAAGGGUUCAGAGUGCUAGAGAGAGAGCAGUUGUGGGUCAGGCAGAGACAACAGGAGUGAAUCAACCAGCUACCUUUUCUGUGUGUGUUGAGACUGUAAAAAGAGUGCAGUUCUGAGUACAAUAUCACAUUGUUAGCCACAGUUACCCUGCUGUGGAUGGGCUCUCUGAACCUUACUCACUCUUUGUAUCUGCUAUUUCAUGUUCUUUGCUCCAUACAUCCCCAUUCCAUCCCACCCCAUCACAACCAUGCUUUACCCUGUUUCUGAUACCUCACAUUAUUCUGGUGUUUGCGUGCUCCAUGCACUUUAGGUGUAUAUGGACCUCUUUUCAGCUGUCCCUCCUCUCUUUGAGACAGAGUGUCAUAUUGCCCAGGCUAGUCUCUGAGUUGAUAUGUAGCCAUGGAUGACCUUGAACUCUUGAUUUUCUUGCUUUCAUCUGCCCUGUGCAGGAAUUACGAGCAUGCAUCGCUAUGCCUGGUUUCUGUGGUGCCAGGGUAGAUGCCAGGGCUUCAUGUGUGCCAGGCAAGCACUCUGCUGACAGAGCCACGUGCCUAGCUUUUUUUUGCCAGUCCUCACUCUUCCCUCCCUACCUCCUCUUUCUUGUUUAUCAAACAUUUCCCCCAUGGACCCAGGUGCCACAGUGAGUACUAUGGAGACAUAUGGUCAAGAUGGAGUGGUGACCAUCUAGACCAAGACACAGAUUUAUACAGCAGGGGUGAAGCAAGGCAAAUAACAUGGAUGAAGAUGCUUCUGUCCCCAUCUAGGCUUGUUCAACUCAGGCUCUUCUGGACUGCCUUUGUGGAUCAAAGGAUGACUAAGCCCCCAAGGGAAUGGUCCUAGUUUAGUCAGGAGGAGGAGGAGAGGAGAUGGCAGAAUGAACAAGGGUCAGGCAGACAGCUGUAUACCAUCUCCUAUUCACACAGAUGAAGGGAGCAACUGAGACCAGUCUGAGACCUACCCAAUCCAGCAGCCCCUGGGUCCUGGUGGGGAGUCAGCACACCCACCUUACAGAGCAGGAAACUGAGGCAUGCAUGGUUAAGGAGUUUCUAGGAAGAGAGACAAGGAAGGUGUGUCCUGUUCCUCCUUGCAGAGUCCCUCCAGGGUCCUUCUGCUGCCCACAGCAAGCCAGAACUAUUUUAAAACGGUGGCUCUGUUUUUGCAAUGCAGUCAAUAAAGGAUGAUGUCUUAGUCACUUUUCAAUCGUUGUUACAAAACACUGUGAUCAAGACAACUUACAGAGGGAAGAGUUUAUUGGGGGCGUAGAGUUCCAGAGGAUUAGAGUCCAUGACCAUCACGGUGGGGAGCAUGACGGCAGCAGGUAGGCGGGUUGCAUAGGUGAGCCGACUGACGGACGGGCAGGCAAGGCAUUGGAGCAGUAGUGAGCUCACAUCUCAUCCACAAGUGCAAGGCAAAGAGAAAGUAGACAGCUAAGUGGGAAUGUCGUAGGCUCCUGAGACCUCAAAGCCCACCCCCAGUGACACACUUCCUCCAAGAUGGCCACGCCUACUAAUCCUUCCCAAAGAGUUCCACAGCCUGGGGACCAACCAUUCAAAUAUAGGAGUCAGUGGGGGCCAUUCCCAUUCAAACCACCCAGAGACGGCUCCACAGAGUCCAAACACCAUGACAGGGUGAGCUUCUCUAAAUCCAAAAUGCGUAAGAACCUGAAACAGUUUAUUCUGAGAAAAGAUCU